ACCAUUUUCGCCGCGCCCAUCCAGUACAGCCUCGAGGUGCAUGCACCUUCCCCUCCCUCCUUUCUCCACUUUCCUCUGCAACUGCGCCUCCCCUGCUACUCCCAACUCUCUCAAGCCAGCCUUCACCUAUACGGCCAGAGAAGGCGACGCGGCGCCGCCCAAUCUAGCGGAACCCCACCCCGUACGUGCACACCAGAUCGCGGAGGACCCUGCCCGCCGAUACUCUCCGCAAAGGUCGACAUGGUCAUGGGAUGCAAGCUAGUCAUAUUCUAGUUUGUAUAAGUUCAACAAAUGUUAACUGAACUAUUUACCACCAUGGAGAUUAAAGCUGAUUUUGAUGUUGAAGAUAUCAGAUCAAAGAAUGAACUGCAGGAGUUGUGGCCAGUUGGUGAGAUAGAUCCAAAGAGAGGGAGAUUCCCUUGUUGCAUUGUCUGGACUCCUCUUCCUGUAGUUUCAUGGCUUGCUCCCUACAUAGGGCAUGUUGGAAUCUGUCAGGAGGAUGGGUCUGUCCUGGAUUUUGCUGGAUCAAAUUUAGUGAGCAUGGAUAAUUUCGCAUAUGGUUCUGUUGCCAGAUACCUCCAGCUUGACAGAAAAAAGUCCUGCUUUCCUGCUAAUCUUGCGGCGCAUGUAUGCGAGUGUUCCUACAAGCACGCGGAAGUGGGAACAGCAACAUCAUGGGACGGCGCCCUACAACUUGGCACGAGACAUUUCCAGCACAAGUACUACAAUCUGUUCACUUGCAACUGCUACUCAUUUGUGGCAAACUGCCUGAACCGGCUUGCCCACGGUGGCUCGGUGGAGUGGAAUGUCUUGAACGUGGCCGCUCUUGUUUGGCUCCAUGGCGAAUGGGUGGACAAGAUGUCUAUUGUUCGGUCAUUUGCCCCUUUCGUAAUUGUGUCGUGCAUUGGCAUUUUAAUGGCUGGCUGGUCGUUCCUAAUAGGGAUAUCGGCAUUCUGUUCUCUUCUGAUAGGGUGGUUUGUCUUUGCUGUAUACUGCUCGAAAGGUUUGGUGUGCUGAGUAUAACAUUGCGACUGGAUCCGGUGAGAAGUUGUGGCAAUAACUCUGUAGACCAUUCAUCCUUCCUCAUGAUUAUUCUUGUGGAACUCAUCGAAAUACUGGCCUGCUAAAUGUUGAACAAAGAGUCCAAAAUAACAAAAUGAAGCUGCGUCUCCCUUUUCUGCUCUUA